AUGGGGGCCGGAGCGCUGACCAUCUGUCACAACAAGACAGCUGUGCAAGUGAAGGAGGACAUGAAGAAGAUGGUUCAAAUGAGACCAUGUUCGGAGACACCCAAGCACAUCAGGAUUUUCGGGGCGUCCCUCCUUGAGCUGCAGGAGAAGGGCCUGACUGAGGACGGCGUGCCCCUGGUUGUGCGAAAGAUGGUGGAGCACCUGCGUGACAACGCGAUGGAGAUGGAGGGUUUGUUCCGGGUGAACGGCAGCGUGCGUGCCGUGGAAGCCCUGCGGCAGCGCUUGGAGAGCGACCAGGACGCCGACAUUGGGGACAACACCGACGCUUUCACUGUGGCCAGCCUGCUCAAAAGGUACUUGAGGGACCUUCCCCAAGGCCUGGUGGAAUCUGCCGUGCAAAAGGCACUGGUACAAGAGUGUGGUGACGAAGGUUCCUGCUCAAGCUUGAGGGAGCAUUUAAAGCAGCUGCCGAGCCUCCACUUCAGCCUGUUGCGCUACUUGUGUCACUUCCUCACGGAGGUUGAGCGCAACCAACAGGACAACCGCAUGAACGCACAAAAUCUCGCCACGGUCUUCGGUCCUAAUGUCUUUUGCGUGCCUCCCGGGUUCGAGGCCCUGAACGAGCAGACCAUCUGCAACAAGAUCCUGGUUCGGCUCAUUCAGAACUUCAGCAGCAUUUUUGAAGCGGACCCAAAAGUUGACAAAAGUGAAGAAGAGGUCAUCCCUGUCAAGGUUGAACAUAAUAAUGGUACAGAUUCUCCAUGCCAAGCCUCCAUCAGCAGCCCAUAUGCGAAAGCUCGGACAAGGAAGGUGAGGAAAGCCAAAACCGACGGAGACGGCGCACAAGUGCCCACAGAGUCCGGACGCCCGCUCCUAACGCCGCUUUCGCACAGCGUACCGAUCGUGGUGCCUCUGCGCAGCGUCAGUUCUUCAGAAGUUACGGAGAUACCUCAAAAAAGUAUUCCCAUACCAGCGAUUUCCCAGGGCAACAAAGGAGUGGCUUCCCAGGAAGAAGAGAGACCGAUAUCUCCUUUCUACAUGAGUACCCACUACCCCCCUCUAGUUCACACACCUGAUGCCAUUAGCAUAUUGAACAGGACAAUCCGUUUGGCGGUUGAGCAGCACCUCUUCGAUGUCCAUCAAACGUCGGACUUUGUCGAGUUGACCUCGCGGCGGCUCGCUCUGUCAGCGAGGCAGCGACGACGUAACCUGCGAGAAAUGCAGGACACCUCCGCGCAGCUCAACAGAAGCAGAACAGACACCAACAAGGAGAACAUCCCGACAUUUGAAGACUGGAGCGGUACAAGCUUCAGGGUGCCCACGGGCGACGUCAGUGUGGAAUCGCACGGUGGACAGAGCGCUCAGGUGCCGCAAAGGCCGAAAGCCAGGAAGUGGAAACACAACCCUACGCUGGCGCAGCUCAACCAGGACGCCCACACAGAAUCCUGUUGCAAUUCGCCAACAUUUGGGAGAACCAGGCCCAGCUUCAUGGAGUUUUAUAAGAAAAGGAAUGAAGCUUCAAGAAAUGAUGACCUUCCCUUUUACUCAAAGACGUUAAGGAUGAAGAUCCAGGAGUCACCCGUCGUGGCCUGCAACGGCGGGGAGGCGUACGACCCCGAGCGGGACAAGGCCAGCUGCGAGGACGUGCCGCGCCUGGACAGCAACUGGGGAGAUCCGGUCCCAGCUUAUUCGCGAGACAUCACGGACUGCGACGAAGCCCGCGUGUCGCCGUGCUCCGGCGGCCGCCUGAUUCGCCAGCUGCUGGAGGAAGACAGCGACCCCAUGCCGUCUCCGCGUUUCUACGCUUAUGGCCAGUGCCAGCAAUAUUUGGACGACACAGAGGUGCCACCGUCGCCCCCCAACGCCCACUCCUUUGUCAGUCGUAGGAGGAGCUCCUCUCUUGGCUCCUGCGAUGACGACAAGGAGGAACUGACCACCGCCCAGCUAACCAAAAGAAUCCACGUCCUGAAGAAGAAAAUCCACAGGUUCGAGGAGAGGUUUGAAGACGAACGGAAAUAUCGGCCUUCCCAUAGCGACAAAGCGGGAAACCCCGAAGUUCUGCGAUGGGUGAACGAGCUGGCAAAGUUGCGCAAAGAUCUCAAAGAACACAAGCUUCUGAAAUCCGAGGAGGACCUGCCACCGUUGACGCGGCAACGCAGCAACACGCUUCCCAAGAGCUUUGGCUCCCAACUGGAGAAGAAGCCCGCCCAGGAGAAGGUGCCCAAACCCCCAGUGGAGAGUACGUUGGAGGGCAUUGUUAAGAAGUUGCAGGAGAAACGCCAGGAAGUCCACCGGCCUGAGGACAUCAAGGACAUGACCCGAGAGCAGAUAGGCGCCGAGAAGCUUGCCCUCCAGAAAGCUCUGCUCUACUACGAGAGCAUUCACGGACGACCCGUGACCAAGAACGAGCGGCAGAUGAUGAAGCCGCUGUACGACAGGUACCGAUUGGUCAAGCAGAUCCUGUGCCGGGCCUCCACCAUCCCUGUUAUCUGUGGCGGCAGCAGCGGCGGCUGCGCUGCGACGCCCCCGCCGGCUAUCGGCUACUUCUCGACGUCGCCUCAGGGCUCGCCCUCCACCAAGCGACGAGGACCGCUGUUGCAACCCAUUAUCGAGGGCGUAACCGCGCUCUUCUUCGAUGACGGCAAGGAGGAGGAAGACGGCUCUGAGGACGACAGCGACGCCAAAACGCAGUUCUUGGUGACCGCCCGCCCCGACUUGAACGUCCUGAGCUUUCUGGGUCACGUGGACGAAGACGUCGACGACUUUAUCUCGCCGGUGGACGAAUUAACGCCCGCCAAGAACGUGACAGACAUGCGGCUGUCCAACCUGCACUCCGCCACUACACAAGAGCUGGUUGAGCAACUCCAAGAGACUCGAGAGGAGAAGAAGCGAAUCCGCAAGAAUCUCAAAGAGUUCGAAGAGCAGUUCUUGCGGCAAAAUGGAAGGAACGUUCAGAAGGAGGACCGCUCGCCUUUGGCACCCGAGUACAGCGAGUACAAACACGUGAAAGCCAAGCUGAAGCUCUUGGAGGUCCUCAUCAGCAAACGAGAGUCCACCAAGUUCAUCUGA